AUGGACGAAAUGGAGCAGCAUGCCGACUCGUUCAAGGACCACGACGUCGCGUUCUGCACCUUUGGCACAACGAGAAAGGAUGCCGGGUCUGCCGAGGCCUUCGUCAAGAUCGACCAUGGCUACACCGUCAAGUUCGGCAGCCUGUGCAAGGACCACGGCGUGAAGCAUUUCCACCUCCUGACGUCCAUGGGCUCCAACCCCAACAGCUGGUUCCUCUACCCCAAGACCAAAGGCCAGAACGAGGAAGACAUCAAGGAAAUGGACUUUGCGCGAACCACCAUCUGGAGGCCGGGCCUGCUCGGUCGCGGAGACAAGGCCCGCUUGGUAGAGAAGCUCGCCAAGUACGUCUCGUCAGAGAUGCCGGUGGCGCGGUUGGCCCACGCCAUGCGACUGCACGCGGAGCACAUCCUCGAGAACGACGAGUCACCCAAGGUCGAGAUCUUCGGCAACAAGGAAAUCAACGCCAUCGCCAAGGAAUGA